CUUUUGACUGAUUUCUCAAUUCUAAAAUCCUUGAAUCCGGCAGGUAGGUAUCUUGUCUUUAUAGAUAAUAAUGAACUGAACGAGUUAAAAGAAAAUCGAAAUGUUUUCUUGUCAAUCAUGAAGAUAGAGAAAGAAGUUAUCUUAUGAAAAUACGAAGUUAUUUUUCACCGAUCGAUGACUUAACGGAAACAUAAUCCAUUAUACUAUGCCUUGUCUUUUACAUUAAUAUAUUCAUUAAAAAUGACAACAAAAAAAUGAUACGCUGGCCAUCCGGUCAUAGUUUUCAACAGAUUUAUGAAAUAUUAUUAGGCCCUAUAUAUUACUCACAUUCAACUUUUUUGCAUAGGCAAUAUAGGUGGAGGCGGUGUUCGGGAAGUGGUAUUUAACACAUGGUAUUCUUUGCCAAAUUUGCUCCAUGUAUUUCCAUUUAUCUAUUCUUUCCCACCCCCCUUCAAAUUCCUUUUCGUAGAUCGAAAAGUUUCUAUUUUCUAUCACUUGGAAACAACGUUUGGCGAUGUAUUGCGUUGGACGCAUUCGAUCUCCAUACCCCUGGGUCCUUGGUAGGCCGCUGCCCUGCGUCGGGCAAGCUUCUCCUGUUACCAUCAGACCAUCGAUGGUUAACCCCUUGGAUAAGCUGUGUUGGUCUUACGAGGAUCCGACUAUCUCCCAGUCUUCCAACCCAAUCCCACCAGCCAAUCAGCUCACGGGAAAGCUCCUCCUAGAAUGCCUUCAGAAUUCUUCGCAGAAACAGCAGCUUGAGGAACGACUUCUUAGUCUGGCAUCGGAGCUUGGAGUUGAAGCUGAUGGUGAUCUCUGUAAGCUUGUGGACGACAUCAGCCAUGAAGUCCAUGAAGCCGAGGAGAGACGGCUGGCCGCAGAGAAGAGGGCUCGGGCCAUCGAGAAGAAGAACAUCGAUGCUGCCAUGAAGAUUCAGGUCCUGGAAAUGGAGCUGGCAGAGGCCAGACGACAGUGGGAUUCUGCUGUCCAGCAACUUCAGGACUUGACUUGGCAACCAGCCCUUGCCUCUCCUGUCGCCAGUCAGACUGUUCGUGUCACCUGACUUCCAAGAUCCAGUCCAGAUGUGAGUGGUUUGGUGUCAGAAGUCAACGGUCCUCCUCCUCCUGCUACCAUCCCUCCUACUCAGGCCUCGGUGACCAUCUUUUCUUCACCACUCCCAAGCCCACGAUCACCAUCAGUGGGUGGGGUUGUAGCGGCUAGCGCGGGCCAGAGCACAGCAGCCGUCCCGGUCACCUCCUUGGUGUAGAGCAUGGACGACCUCAAGCCCUUCCAUCCAGGAGGUGGGGAUGUCAUCCUGGGCAGUGGGGUCAGCGCUACUGUCCAACUCUUCAGGCACGAGGUUACCAACGAGCCAAUAGCUGUCAAGAUCUUCAAGCUCCCUGAUGACAUCCAGGAGAUGAACGAGAAGAUGGGCCACAUUGCUGAGGAAGCCGGCCUCCUUGACAUCAUAGGUCGCAACAACUGCUUCCCAAGCUACCUGGGCUGCCUCGAGACAAGCCUGGGCUACGUUGGUCUGGCUAUGGGGUUUGUCGGUGACCCCGCCACCGGAGAGUCUUGGACUUUGGCGCGAGGUAUGCGAGAGCUAGUGUUGAGUACCAAAGAGUGGUAUCAGCUAGCUCUCGAUAUCACCAUCUCCCUUGGUCAGAUGCAUGGGAUGGGAUACCUCAUGAAUGACCUCAAGGAGGACAACUGCCUCCUAAGGAAGACCCGGACGGGUCGCUGGGAGGCGGUGAUCGUUGACUUCGGGCUGGUCUUCCCACAGGCAUCUCCUUUCUUCUGCUAUCUUUCUCAGCAGGAAAAGGAGAAGUAUAGGAGAAAGGAGAUUUACACGCACAUUGCUCCGGAGUGUGCCCUCGACGAUCAGGGCACCACCAUCAUGAGCGAUGUGUUCCAGCUCGGCCGUGUCCUGAAGUUGAUGGGGGUCGCAGCUGCGUACAACGACGAGCUCAAUUUCAUCGGCACCGUCUGUACGCAGAAAUCUCCCCUCAAACGAAUGACCAUCAGAGAAAUUAUCGAAUACUUAGAGUGUUUGAUGUAGACAGGCAAUGUAUUGGAAAGGAUGUUAAGUCGCAAUUAUUGUGGUAUUUUAAAACAGGAAGGGGUACAAAAAUACCAAAGAAAAUAAAGUGCUCUAAUAUUCUCAUUUCAAAUAAAAGUUUUCCUGUAGUAUAGAGCAGCAGUCUGGAAUUGACAAGACAAAACAUACAAAUUAAUCAUCAAAACUGAGCAAUGGCUGCAGAUUUGAGACAAUUGUCUGAUUUUUUCAUAUAGAAAUGAACAUUUUACUUUGAUUUUGUAAAUUGUGAUAAAAACAUAUUUUCUAUAUACAUUGUCUGGGUAAGUAUUUGUAAAUAUUUCUUUCAUUUCUUUCAUCUAGUGUCUAGAAAUAUGCUUGUACAUGUACUAGCUGCAGUCAAUUAUGAAAUCAAAGGCAUAUCUCAUGAAAAGCAAUGUCUUUAGAAAGUUAAACAAAACCAACAUAAACCAACCCUAC